AUGUACAGGACACCAGUAGCGUCCCCCUCAAAAACUGCAAGGAGAUUUUCGCAGGAUACUCCCUCACCAUCACCGAAGGGAGAAGAAAAACAGGAGGCCAUAAAAAUGUUCAUAAAUAGAACACAAACAAAACGAAGAUCCUUAGAAGUAAAGAAAAAAUAUGACACCAAAUUAAAACUAGGAAUAAAGGAUGAAACUGUACAGGAAUUACUAAAACAAGCCAUGCAAUUAUUCGAGGAAACAGCGGAAACCGUAUACGGACAAAUGAGGAGGGACGUCAAGGCAAAACUGGAAGAAAUCGCGGAUAAAGGAUUGAUAACGAUGUUUGAAAUCAGCAGGAAAAUAACAGAACAAGGAGAAAUGGGAAAAGAAGAGAAGGAAGGAGGUAUAGAAAUACAAUUGAAGGAAAUGAGAAGGAACAUGGAAGAAUGGAGAAAUAAAAAAGAGCAAGAAGAGGAAAAAAGACAAGAAGUAAAAGAAAUCAUAAUAAACACAAGAGAAGAAAUGAAAGAGAUAACAAAAAGGAUAGAGACCUCCGAAGACAAUAUAGUAGCAGAAGUAAUAGAUUUGGAGAGGUAA